AUGUCCCGACAGACUCGGACGGUUGGGUGCCGUAUUAUGGGCCCACAAUCGGCCUUGACGGACUUUUUGGCUUCGCAUAACAUUUCGGCAAACCAAAUUAGACUUGAUGCUGAGGCUCGUCGUAGAGCGGCUGCCCAGGACAACCAAGAAGGUCAAGCUGAUGCUGCUCAACAACAACUCUUGAAUGAGAAUGGCGAUUUCGACACCCCGUCACCGGGAUCUGACGAGGACGAGCCCGUUGUGGCAUCUACCGGUCGAGUAACAAGAGGAAGAAGCGCAGCCCAGGUAACCUCUGAAGUCGAGAGGCGCAAAAAAGAGAAGGAAAAACACGCUAUUGAUAAGAUCAAGGCCAGCAAGAAGUUCCAGAAACGUAAGCGCGAUCCUGACGCUUCAGAUGACGACGACGACGACAUUGUCCGCGCGCUUUUCAACGAGCGUGCGAAGCCUCUACCGGGCCAGAUGGAGAACUGUGCCAUCUGCAACACACGGUUUACGGUAACACCGUACUCCCGCAAUGCCCCUGACGGAGGCUUGGUCUGUUCACCCUGUGGAAAGGAGCUUGCUAAGGAUGAUCCUGCUCCCAAGAAGAAGACCAAGCGUGCCAGCGGAGGACCAGUGGGCGCACGUCGCCAAACCCAGAGCAGGAUUUUGGAUGGAACAUACCACGUCGGCGGCAAGAGCCUGAUGUCUUUGUGCAUUCAGACUUUGGCAAAGAACAUUGAUCUUGCCGAGGAUUUGGGUGACUUGCCACCCAAAAUUGUAGACAAGAUUGCUCGAAAGCUUUCCAAGCACCGUCUUCUCAACCCCACGACACUCAGCCUGUUCUUGAAACCAAGCAACCAGGAAGUGCUCGUAUAUGACGGCGCCAAGCUCAGUGCGGACGACUUCUAUCGCAUCUUCCAUUCGGUCCCGGAACUCAAGAAACUCAAAGUUCGCAACGCCAUCCACUUCAAGGACGAAGUGGUAGAGUAUCUCGUCGACCGCCAUAUCGUCCUUGAAGAUUUGUAUCUUCACGGGUGCAAUCUCAUCUCCGAAGGGAAAUGGAUCGAGUAUCUUCAAAAGAAGGGUCAGCCCCUGCGAUCACUUCGGGUAUACUGGACAGACAAGCAUUUUACGGAUGCUGUUCUUGCAGUUAUCCCCACUAGCUGUCCCAACCUCACCCGCCUCAAAGUCUGCCACAACCAAGCAGUCACCGGUGAAGGCCUGAACCACAUCGCCAAAAUUGCCACUCUCCGCCAUCUGUCCCUCGACUUGCGCGAGGCAAUCCACCCGGAUGUAUACGUCAAACUCUUGACCGCCAUCGGACCCCAGCUCGAAACACUGUGCUUGACCAGAGUCCCCGAGCUAGACAACACAGUCCUCGACGCCCUCCACAUGCACUGUCGCAAUCUGAAGAAGCUCCGCAUCACCGACAGUGAGCUCAUGACCGACGCCGGAUUUGCCCGCCUCUUCACCUCAACCUGGUCCAACCCCGGUCUAGUCUUCCUCGACCUCCAGAAAUGCCGCCAACUCGAAUCAACGAAACCUCGCGAGAACCCCGACGGUAUCGGCCUUUGCGAUGAAGGGUUCAAGGCCCUGAUGGCGCACUCGGGCAAGACGCUCCAGAAUCUGAAUGUUCAUGGUUGUCGUCACAUUUCCAGCAAUGCGUUUGAGGAGGUGUUCACGGCGGAUAAAACGUAUGAGAAUAUGCACAAGAUGGAGAUUUCGUUUUGCGAGGAGGUGACAGAUUUUGUGGUGGGGUGUAUCUUCCGGAGCUGUCCUAAUCUGAGAGAGCUGAAUGUGUUUGGGUGUAUGAAGGUGAAGGAUGUGAGGGUGCCGAAGGGGAAGAUUUUGGUUGGGGUGCCGAAUGCGAGGGGGAUGGUUAUCGAGGGUGAGGAUUGA